AUGGCGCCUUCCAUGUUCAACUUCAACGGCGGGCCAAGCUCGCCGCUGACUGAUCCGCCGUCCGACUGCGAGUCUGACCUUACAGAACUCACACGGUCCCCUUCACCACCCCCCGAAUUCCACGCACGAUCGUUGCCCUCACCUUCUUCCUCGCGACGUUCUUCGGCCAAGACGACCCCCGCACCUGAAGACAUGCCUUCCCCGCCCCCAAGCAACGAUGAGGACCCGCGCCCGGCCAAGAGGAGGAAGCUCACGCCCACAACAGAUGCCAAUGGGCGCACAACAGAAUACCUAGACCUGACGCAAGACAUCACCAACGAGGACAGGCCGCAGUUGCAGCGCCUGCUGAACGUACUGCACAAGAAGCGCAAGAUCGUAGUCAUCGCUGGCGCCGGUAUUUCGGUAUCUGCAGGCAUUCCUGACUUCCGAUCUGCGACUGGCUUGUUCAACUCACUCAAGAAGGAGCAUGGACUCAAGUCAUCCGGCAAGGACCUUUUUGACGCGUCUGUUUACCAGGACAACGAUUCCACUGCUACAUUUCACGCCAUGGUGCGCAGUCUGUCGACAGAGACCAAGAGCGCACAACCCACGCCAUUUCACCAUUUGAUCGCGACACUGGCGCAAGAGGGUCGCCUGAUGCGACUUUACACCCAGAAUGUCGACGGCAUCGAUACUUCGUUGCCUCCUCUCAGAACUGAGGCGCCUUUGCCAAAGAGAGCACCUUGGCCCAAGACUGUCCAGGUGCACGGAGGCCUUGAUCACAUGGUGUGCUCAAAAUGCCACAAGCUAUACCCUUUUGAUGCUGCGCUAUUCGACGGGCCCACCGCGCCGCCGUGUCCAAGCUGUGUAGAGACGGACAUGGUUCGUCAAGCUGCAGACAAGCGAACCCACGGAAUUGGAUGUCUGCGUCCUCGCAUGGUCCUUUAUAACGAGCAGAACCCCGACGAUGAAGCAAUUGGCUCCUGUGCCGCUACCGACCUUCGUAUGCGACCGGAUGCGGUCAUUGUGGCUGGUACCACACUAAAGGUCCCCGGAAUCCGCCGCAUCGCCCGCGAGAUGUGCAACACCGUGCGCGACAGGAAAGAUGGCGUUGCCAUAUGGAUCAACAACGAUCCCGAACCUCUGGGCGUCGAUCUGAAGAACGCAUGGGAUUUGGUAGUCACGGGUCCUUGUGAUGAGGUCGCUCGACACGCGGCUAUGCGAAAAUGGGACGACCCCAUGGAGUUCAAGGAGAUCACUGACGAGGAGCUGUCUAAGGCAAAGGAGUCUAACAGAAUCGAGGUGGUCGUUGGCACCCCCAAGAAGCCUGGUGUUUUCCGAAAUGCAGGCCAGCUAACACCUGGUCAAAGUCCUCGCAUGUUACCCAAGAACGCUGUCAAGCAGGAGCCAGGCACGCCAUCAAAGAAGCGUACGAAGCGGAAAUCGGGUGCACAGAUGGAUCUCCUCGGCAACAUGGCAACGAAAGGAGCCGCGAAGAAGACGCAGGCACAGGUGAAGAAGGCCACAGCUGUGAAGAGCAAGGCCAAGAAGGAUACGAAGAAGGAGACGCCCGCAAUCAACAACGUGUUCAAAGCCACAAAAGCAAUUACAAAACCUGCGGGCAAAUCAGCGAAGAAGCUGCAAGACGCGCCAAUUCAGUUUGCUCCUUCUACAAGGUUUAAGGCACGGCCAGCUCCAGUCAAGAAGGCCAGCGACACCAUCACAGUAACGAAACGCGAGACUCCUUCGACACCGAGAGGCUCUCGAGUCACCAGGUUUAAGCAAGAGCUGGUGAUGCAGCCAUUGUCGGAAGCGGACCGUCGCAACAAUCACUCACCAGUGCGUCCGGAAGUGGAGAUGUUCACGCCCGUGAAAGACCGCACGCCUAGUGAGCAGAUUCACGAAGAGCUUGCUCGCUCAUUUCCUGUCUCUUCUUACACUAACUCUCGUCCUAGUUCGUCUAGCUCGCAGAGGGACGAGAUCCAAACAGGCGGACACUACCAAUUUCGCUUCAACAAGAAAGGUGGAGCUAUCUUCGCCCAAUAUCUCAAGAAACCCGCUGUAGCAGCAGCGAGUCAUUGGGCCCGAAUUCCCGCAGAAAACGAGCUGCCGCAACUCCACCGCGCUUCCGAUAUCAACUGGGGCCGUAUCAUUCUCUGGUCAGGCGAUGAUGAAUUCAACGCAAUCCUUGGAUCACCAUGGCCUGGAUCCGAUCCUCAGCCGCAGACCCUCUUCUGGCUCGGAGACGUCGACCCUGACGAGAUCAAUGAUGAUGACAAGGAGAUGGGAGAUGAUUUCAACAAGCGAGGCCAAGCGGACAGAAUACAGAACAGUCAAGGGAAGAACGUCGUCCGGAUCCACAAGGUCAGCGUCAAGGUAUCGGAAAGCGACUGGAAGAUCUGA